CCUCUAUACUAUAUUUUAAUUGUUGAAUAAUUUCGUCACUUUCCUCUACUUCAAUUUCAAUCUUAUUUCCAUCUUUUAUCUUUGUAUACCGUCUGUAGUCAUUUGUCAAACACAUGAAUUAACAUAACCGCCUGUGGAUGAGAUCAUGUUCGAGUAUGCUAAACAGUGACGUCAUUACAACCUCCCCUCCGGUCCUUGAUGUCGGCCAAAACGGAAGAUCAUGCCUAAAUAACAUAAUCUACCAUAAACGUUUAUGUUGGUUUAUGCCGCGAAAAAUACCUUACUGUGUUAUUGUUAUGGACAUUAAUGACAGUUGACAGUAUGGUUCCUCUGUUGACAUCCAGUGAUAUGAUAUGACCUUCCACAACCUGUGACGCGCACUAAUCACGGGUAUUAAGAGUAUAGUCAUAGACGGUAUUAUGGAGGUAAAAUACUUUCUGAGAGAUAUGAUACGUCUUAGUUCACGUUAGUCGUCACUUCAUACCUUUAAAACAAUUUGACUAUUAUAGAUUGUCUUUAUGUAAAUAAAGAAUAAGAACAUAAUAAUAUUAUAAUUACUAAUAUUAGCCUUUGGAAAUGUUGAUAACAGUCCUUUCAUCUAAUCUGUAAAGAAUUAACCCAACGAUUCACAGAAAUAAAAAAAAUAUGUGAUUACUUUCUAAAACAAUUGUGGAUAUUUUGGUACAAAAAUAUAUUUACAUAUUUAUCUUUUUCUUCAUGUACAAUAUUACAUUUGAGAUAUAAGUUCAAAGAGGUUAAAAACCUGAUAUAGUCCAUACAAUUUAAACAAUACUAAAAAUAAUUUUGGUUCUUCAUUUGAGUGAUUUCGAAAAGGAAUUUUGUAGCCCUACUUGAUAUAUCUAGAAAAUGAAAAAUACAAUAUUUUUCAUAUUUUGGUUUCUCGCUUGCGGUCUCUUGAACUCGGUCUCUUCUGAGUGCAAUAACUGGCAAACUUGCAAUGAAUGUAUAAAAUUACCAAAUUGUGCAUGGUGUAGCAAACAAGAUUUUGUAGGCUUUAGAUGCUUUAAUAGUUCAUCGAUCCUCAACACUAAAUGUCCCGAAGAAUAUAUUUUCAAUCCUGAUAAUAUGGUUGUUUUUGAAGGUAGAGAUAUUGUAAAAGAUUUUAAUGAGUCUGGCGUCAAAUCUGCUCCACAUGUAAUACCGCCUAGAUUCAAAGUAAAACUAAGACAAGGCAGUUCCUACGAAUUGACAAUGACACCCAAACAACCAGUUGAUAUAUAUUAUCUGAUAGAUGCUACAUCUAUGGGUAUCGAAAACAGAAAUAAAAUUAUUUAUCUGAGCGAACAACUGACAGAAUACAUACCAAAGAUAUCUGGAAAUUUAAAGAUCGGAUUUGGCAGUUUUGUGGACAAAGUUGCUGCUCCUUUUGUGGAUACAAGUCCUAAAAAACUUCUUCACCCAUGUGACGAAUGUUCCGCCCCAUAUGGGUUUCAUCAUCACUUAAAUAUGACUGAUGACAUGCAUAUUUUUAUGAAUUAUGUUAGAAGAUUUCAAAAAUCUGGAAGUUUAAGUCCUUUAAAUGGAGGACUGGAUGCUCUCAUGCAAACUCUGGCGUGUUUUAGUCCAAUUGGAUGGAGAAGAAAUUCUUUAAAAUAUGUAAUUUUUGUUACUGAUAGUGCUCCUCAUCAAGAAGGUGAUGGAAAGCAGGCUAACAUUACCCAACUAAAUGAUCAAAAUUGUCAUUUGGAUAACGAGUUUUACACACAAUCGUCACUUAUAGACUAUCCAUCCACAUUUCAAAUAAAUGAAACAGCAAAAGAAAACAACAUUAACAUAAUAUUUGCUGUUACUAAAAGUGAACUACAAACUUAUAAGAAUAUUUCACAGGCUAUUGAAGGAUCCGCCGUUAUAGAACUUAAUACAGAAUCUAUUGAUCAUGUGUCAUCGUUAGUUCAAGAUGGAAUAGCAACUCAAACCUUAAUUAAUAUGAAACAUAAUUCUUCAGAAGAAAUCGUAUCAAUAAAAUUAGAGAAAAGUGAAUAUGACGAGAAGUAUAAUUUAAGUACCUACAAACUUAAACUAGAAGCCAAAAUAUGUAAUCCAAAUACAACAGAGACUUCCGAAAUCAUCCAAUUUUACCCAGAUAGUGAAGUAGAUGCGUUAAUAGUUGAGAUGCAUGUAAUUUGCAGUUGUGAUUGCCAUCAUACUCCACAAAAACAAUCUCCUUAUUGUUCAAACAGUGGGACUUUAGAAUGUGGCAUUUGCUAUUGUAACGAAAAUUAUUUCGGGCAGCAUUGUGAAUGUGCUAAUCAUCAAGAAGAAUCUGAAUGCAUAUUUCUUAAUAAUACUGAAGUCUGUAGUGGACGUGGAUCGUGUAUUUGUGGAUCUUGCACUUGUGAGAUGAGAGAAAAUCCAGAAGAAGUAAUAUAUGGAAAGUAUUGUGAAUCUGAUAAUUAUUCGUGUGAACAUAAUGGUGGAAAAAUAUGUUCUGGGCAUGGAACGUGCGUUUCAGGUAUAUGUUUAUGUCAAUUCGGGUUUACAGGUACCAGUUGUUCUUGUCCCAAAGGAGAUCAAAGUUGUGACAAUGCGAAAACCAGAUAGAUCAAGGCAAAAAAAUAAACACAAAUGAAUAGAGGAUACCUACU